AUGAAUCCUGAGUGGUUACUACAGGGCUGCGUCGGACUGGGCAUUCCGAUGUUGAUGUCGUGGCGAUGGCUCGCGGAUCUAGACAUGGACAUGGAUAUGGAUAUGGAUAUGGAUAAACAAGGACGAGUAUCGGUGUCAACGCCUGCUGCUGCUGUUGGAUGUUUUAUUUAUCCUGCUGCAGUUCAGCUCAGCUCAAGCUCAGCUCAGCUCAGGUCCCAGCCAACCAACCAAACUGUGUCCAUGUCCAUCCGCCCAGCUGCGGUCUAG